AUGAAUAAGUUUCUGCAGGGAGCCCGCGUGUGGGUACGAGACAAGGAGCAGCUGCACCCCUCCACUGUCACCACCUGUGCUGACGGCUCUCUGCUCUUCACUACUGACUAUGGCCAGGUGAUCGCUCUGCAGCCGGGCGAGGUGAGCAGGGAGAGGGUGCAGCCCAUGCACCAGAGCAGCGUCGAUGGCGUGGAGGACAUGUCCUCGCUGGCCGAGCUGCACGAAGCCGCCAUCAUGCACAACCUCCACCGGCGCUACCAGAAGGACUGCAUCUACACGAACAUCGGCUCUAUCCUGGCAGCAGUCAACCCCUAUAAGCAGAUCCAGGGCCUGUACGACCCAGCGGCCGUGGAGCUGUACAGCCAGCACCACCUGGGAGAGCUGCCCCCCCACAUCUUCGCCGUGGCCAAUGAGUGCUACCGCUGUCUGUGGAAGAGGCACGACAGCCAGUGUGUGCUGAUCAGUGGAGAGAGUGGUGCUGGGAAGACAGAGAGCACCAAGCUGCUGCUGCAGUUCCUGUCAGUCAUGAGCCAGAACUCCGCUGGUACCCCGCCCUCCGAGAGGACCACCCAUGUGGAGCAGGCCAUCGUACAGAGCAGCCCCAUCAUGGAAGCAUUUGGGAACGCAAAGACAGUUUACAACAACAACUCCAGCCGCUUUGGGAAAUUCAUCCUGCUGCAUUUUUCUCAGAGCGGGAACAUCCAGGGAGGCUGCAUCGUGGACUAUUUACUUGAAAAGAACCGUGUGGUGAGACAGAACCCUGGGGAGAGGAACUAUCACAUCUUUUACGCACUGCUGGCUGGGGCAGACAGUGAUCACAGAGAGCUGUACUUCCUGUCGGAGCCGGAGUCCUACCACUACCUGAGCCAGUCAGGCUGCGUGCGGGACAAGAACCUGGACGACAAGCAGCUGUUCGACAGCGUCAUGGAGGCGCUGAAGGUCAUGGAGUUCACUGAGGAGGAGAUCCGGGACGUCUUCAAGCUGCUGUCUGGGGUUCUACAGCUGGGCAACAUCGAGUUCAUGACAGCAGGGGGCGCUCAGAUCACCACCAAAGGAGUGGUCAGUAACGUGAGUGACCUGUUGGGCCUGGACUCCUUCCAGCUGUCUGAGGUUCUGACCCAGCGUUCCCUGAUCCUGAGAGGAGAGGAGAUCUGCUCCCCCCUGACGGUGGAACAGGCGGUGGACUCCCGUGACUCUGUUGCCAUGGCGCUGUACUCACAGUGUUUCUCCUGGAUCAUCAUGAGGAUCAACCAGAAGAUUAAAGGGAAGGACAACUUCAAGUCCAUCGGCAUUCUGGACAUCUUCGGCUUCGAGAACUUCGAGGUGAACCGAUUCGAGCAGUUUAACAUCAACUAUGCCAACGAGAAGCUGCAGGAGUACUUCAACAAGCACAUCUUCUCCCUGGAGCAGCUGGAGUAUAACAGGGAAGGGAUAAACUGGGAAGCCAUUGAUUGGAUGGAUAAUGCAGAGUGUCUGGACCUCAUUGAGAAGAAACUGGGCAUGUUGGCGCUUAUCAACGAGGAGAGCCGCUUCCCCAAAGGCACCGAUUACACCCUGCUGGAGAAAUUACACAGUCGGCACGCUACUAACCCCUACUACGUGAAGCCCAGGGUGGCCGAUCACCAGUUUGGUAUCAAACACUACGCUGGAGAGGUCCUGUAUGACGUGAGAGGGAUUCUGGAGAAGAACAGAGACACAUUCAGAGAUGACAUCCUAAACAUGCUGAAAGACAGCAGGCUCGACUUCAUCUAUGAUCUGUUUGAGCGUGUGGGGAGCAGGAGCAGCGAGGAAACUCUGAAGAUGGGCACGGCCAGACGGAAGCCCACAGUCAGCUCCCAGUUCAGGGAUUCAUUGCAUUCCCUGAUGGCCACGCUGAGUGCCUCCAACCCGUUCUUCAUCCGCUGCAUCAAACCCAACAUGGAGAAGAACCCAAACAAGUUUGACCCGGUGGUGGUCCUGAAUCAGCUGCGGUACUCCGGAAUGCUGGAGACUGUAAAGAUCCGGCGGGCGGGGUUCCCGGUCCGCAGAACUUUCCAGGACUUCUUCAGCAGGUACAAGAUGAUCCUGAGGGACAGAAGCUCCUCCGGCGAUGAGAGACGCAAAUGCACAGACCUGCUUACGCAGUACGACAGGGCCAGGACAGACUGGCAGUUGGGGAAGACCAAGGUGUUUCUGAAGGAAGCUCUGGAGCAGAGGCUGGAGAAGGACAGGGAGGAGGUGCGGAGGGCGGCUGGCAUGGUGAUCCGAGCCCACAUACUGAGCUAUGUGGCAAGGAAGCACUACAAGAAGGUCCUGGCCAGCACCGUCAUCAUCCAAAAGAACUACCGCGCGCACUUCUGGAGACGGGCCUUCCUGCGCAUGCGCUCGGCCGCCCUGGUCCUCCAGAAGCACCGCCGCGGGCAGCUGGCCCGGGGCCUCUACCGCCAGAUGUGCGAGGAGAAGAGGAAGAGGGAGGAGGAGGAGGAAAGGAAGAGACGAGAGGAGGAGGAGAGAAAGAGACGAGAGGAGGAGGAACUGAGGAGGAAGGAGGAGGAGCUGGAGCUGCUCCGGAUCCGACAGGAAGAGGCGGAGCUGAAGAAGAGGCAGGAGGAGGAGGAGCUUAAGGCCAAAGAGGAAGAGGAGAGGAAGAAGGCGGAGCAAGCAGCGAAGGACAGGAAUAAGGCAGGGAUGGAUCUGCUUGUUCCUCAGGCGGGGGUGUCGUCAGGCCGCACCGUGAGCCCGGGAGUCUCUGAUGAGGAGAGCCGUCAGAUGGAGGAGAUCCUCCGUCUGGAGCGUGAGAUCGAGCGUCUGCAGCGGCAGCGGGAGGAGGGCGUGUCCCUGCUGUGCGAGAACUCCCGCUCCGAGCUGCAGCAGCGGCGCGACGCCGAGAUCCACCGGCUGGAGAAGGAGGCCUCCCGCGUGGCCACCGAGUUCCUGGAGCUGCUGGACUUCGGCGGCCUGGAGCAGUCCGUCUCCAGCGAGGAGAACCUGCACGACCCCUCCGAGACCAUGGCACCGCUGGCCGAGGAGGAGGUGGACGAGGGCUUCCACGCCGAGGAGGAGGGCGUCCCCCUUCCCGACUUUCCGCCCCCCGCCCCCCCUCUGGACCAGGACAUCUUUGCCAACCUGCCCCCUCCCCCGCCCUCUUUCACAGAGGGGGUCGUGUCCUGCUCCUCUCCCGCUCCGCCGGGACUCCCCCCGGCUGGCCCCUCCCUCGUCCCGCCUCCGCCUCCCCCGCCCCCCCCAGCUGGGGAUGACAUCAUCGGCCGGACGGGCCCCGAGGGCCUGCAGGAUUCGGAGGAGCCCAUCUACAGCAUCCCGCUGGACGUGGAGUCCGACUACGACCAGGACGAGUUCGAGGAUGCCCUGGGCAGCUCCGGAGACGCGGGCAGCACCAACGACGGACUCGCCGCGGACGAGAAGGUCAUCCGCAAGUCCACCUGCACCUACAACAGCCUGGACUCGUACCGAGGCAGCUCCGACUCUUUUAUUGACAGUGAUGAAGAAAACGAUGGCUACGUGGACACGGACGAGGAGGUGUCCAACGGGAAAGUGAAUGUACUGAACGGGAGUGGGCCGCCAUAUUUCCACAGCUACCUUUACAUGAAGGGCGGGCUGAUGAUCCCCUGGCGGCGCCGCUGGUGCGUGCUGAAGGAUGAGACCUUCAUGUGGUUCCGGGCCAAGCAGGACUCGCUCAAGUCUGGCUGGCUGUACAAGAAGGGCGGCGGCCUGUCCACGCUGUCCCGCCGCAACUGGAAGAUGCGCUGGUUCGUCCUGCGCGAGUCCAAGCUCAUGUACUUCGAGAACGACAGCGAGGAGAAGCUGAAGGGCACCAUCGACAUCCGCGCCGCCAAGGAGAUAGUGGACAACCAUGAGAAGGAGAAUGCACUGAACAUCGUGACGGAGGAGAGGACCUACCAAGUCUUUGCUGAGUCCCCAGAAGAUGCGAGUGGCUGGUUUAAUGUAUUGAGCCGGGUCCACAGUGCCACACCAGAGCAGCUGCUGGAGAUGCAGCACGAGCAAGCCAACCCCAAAAACGCUGUGGGAACUCUGGAUGUUGGGCUGAUUGACUCGGUCUGUGCGUCGGACAACCCUGACAGGCCCAACUCCUUCGUGAUCAUCACGGCCAAUCGCGUGAUCCACUGUAACACAGACCUCCCAGAGGAGAUGCAUCACUGGAUCAGCCUGCUGCAGAAGCCCAAGGGCGACUCCAAGAUCGACGGGCAGGAGUUCCUGGUUAGAGGCUGGCUGCAUAAGGAGAUGAAGUCAGGUGGGAAGAGCACGUCUCUGAAGCUGAAGAAACGCUGGUUCGUCCUCACCAACAAUUCCCUGGACUACUACAAGUCCUCCGAGCGCAGCGCCUCCAAGCUGGGCACGCUGGUGCUCAACAGCCUCUGCUCCGUGGUGCAGCCGGAGGAGAAGGUCUUCAAGGAGACAGGGUACUGGAACAUCAUCGUUCACGGGCGCAAGCACUCCUACCGGCUCUACACCAAGAUGCUGAACGAGGCCAUGCGCUGGGCCUCCGCCAUCCAGGGCGUCAUCGACAACAAGGUUCCCAUAGAGACGCCCACCCAGCAGCUGAUCCGGGACAUAAAGGAGAACAGUCUGAACCCGGAGGCGGUGGAGCAGACGUACCGGAGGAACCCCAUUUUGAGAUACACCCAGCACCCCCUGCACUCCCCGCUGCUGCCCCUGCCAUACGGGGACGUCAACGUCAACCUCCAAAAGGAGAAGGGCUACGCCAGCCUGCAGGACGAGGCGGUGAAGAUGUUCAAUUCGCUGCAGGAGAUGGAGGCGGUGUCGGACCCGGUGCCCAUCAUCCAGGGCAUCCUGCAGACGUGCCAGGACCUGCGGGCGCUGCGCGACGAGGUGUACUGCCAGCUGAUCAAGCAGACCAACCACGUGCCCCAGCCCAACAGCCCCGCCAACCGCGCCCACUGGCACCUGCUCACCUGCAUGAGCUGCACCUUCCUGCCCAGCCGCGCCAUCCUGCGCUACCUCAAGUUCCACCUGAAGAGGAUCAGGGACCAGUUCCCCGGGACCGAGAUCGAGAAGUACGCCCACUUCAUCGGCGAGUCGCUGAAGAAGACCAAGUCCAGGGAGUACGUGCCGUCUCAGGACGAGAUCGCCGCCCUGCUGACCAGACAGGAGAUGACCACCACAGUGUACUGCCACGGAGGGGGCUCCUGCAAGAUCUCCAUCAACUCCCACACCACCGCUGGGGAGGUGGUGGAGAAGCUGAUCAGGGGACUGGCCAUGGAGGACAGCAGGAACAUGUUCGCCCUGUUCGAGCACAACAACCUGACGGACAGGGCCGUGGAGAGCCGUGUCAUCGUGGCCGACGUGCUGGCCAAGUUCGAGCGGCUGGCAGGCAGUGAGGAAGAGGAGGAAGAAGGACAGUGGAGGCUCUAUUUCAAACUCUACUGCUUCCUGGACGUGGAGAGCGUGCCCAGGGAAGGUGUGGAGUUUGCCUUCAUGUUUGAACAGGCCCACGAGAGCCUCAUCAGCGGCCACUUCCCCGCCCCCGAGGAGACACUGCAACACCUGGCUGCCCUGCGGCUGCAGUACCUGCACGGGGACAUGGGCCGGGCCAGCUGGAGCCUGGAAAGCGUCUAUCCGGUGGGGCGACUGCGCGCGCGCAUCCUGCAGUCCACAAAGGCGGGCGGGGCCGGGGCGGCAGCCGGGGCCGGGAGCGGGGCCGCUGGAGGCCACACCCUGGAGAGGCGGCGCACCAGCUUCCUGGACGGGACGCUCCGGCGCAGCUUCAAGACGGGCUCGCUGAAGAAGCAGCGCGUGGAGGAGGAGCAGAUGCUGGAGAUGUGGGUGAAGGAGGAGAUGUCGGCCACCCGCACCAGCAUCCUGGAGAAGUGGUCCCGCCUGCAGGGCGUGGCCCAGCACCAAGCCAUGCUCAAGUACAUGACCAUCAUGAAGGAGUGGCCCGGAUACGGCUCCACCCUGUUUGAUGUGGAGUGUAAAGAGGGAGGCUUCCCUCACGACUUGUGGUUGAGCGUCAGCGCGGAGAACGUGUCCGUGUACAAGAGAGGGGAUCCGAAACCCCUGGAGACCUUCCCCUACGAGCACAUCGUCUUCUUCGGGGCGCCUCAGGCUAGCACCUACAAGAUCACCGUGGAUGAGAGAGAGAUGUUCUUUGAAACCCCACAGGUUGGGGAGAUUACGAAGAUCAUGAAAGCCUACAUCAACAUGAUUGUGAAGAAGCGAUGCAGUGUUCGAUCUGUGUCCAGCUGUGGCAGCAACUGGAUCCGAUGAUGGGCACGACCCAAUCAGCUUGCAGUUUUCUCACAGUGGAAUGGGCGAGUCCACAACAGGAAGGAACCAGUGCUCAAAGGAGCAACCAAUCGGAUGACUCUGAGAUGUUAAUCAGAUGACAGGGUGGUUCACCUGUGUCCAAUGAGAGAGCAUCUCCUGCCUUGUUGGAGCAAAUGACUGAUGCAAAAAAUUAGUUGAGCCUGAGAACUUACUUGCUGUGUCUCUCAGAAAUUACACAGACUACAAGCAAGCACAUCAUAACAAAUGCUGUGCUUCAUAUCGGCUCUUUUUUAUAUCACAAAAACUCUCUUUCCAAAUGGAACACAAGAGCUUAACAAGUCCAAAUCCUCCCUGUUUUUUUCCAAUACUGCCAAAACCUUCAGAGAACAACUUCUCGCUUUACCUUCUUAUCCUCACGUUAUGCCAAAACGACUCUCUUACCGGUCAGUCUUCGACGCUGUCACACGUUUAAGGUGGCACGAGCAUGCAGAGGCCUAACCUUAGUUCAGGUCCUGGCCCUUAUAUGCUCCCCUUCAGUGCCGCCGGAUCACAUGACUCCUGCAUGGCACUGAAGCUGGAGAAGGGGGCUCCUGUAGGUCCCGCGUCACAUGUUCACCCUCUCACCAAGCCUUUCCAGAGAAGCACAGCUGCUGUCGGAGCUUUUGAUAGAUUUGUGUGAAUUUUUUUUUUUUACGUAUGACUGUAUG